UUUGUUCGUGGUCUUCUCAACACUGGGCGCGUUGAUCGCUACUCGGUCUACGUAAAAUCAAGAAAAGAAAAUUAAAACAACAACAAAAGACAACAGUGGUCAGUUAAAAAAAGUGUUUUCAAUUUCAAAAAACAAUAAUUCAGGGGGGUAGACUCCUCUUCCCUGGCCAAAAAAAAAAUCAAGUAAUUUUUAAUCAGAAAAAAAAGGUGGAAAUUUUCCCCAAUUGGAAUUGAGUGGAAAAUUUUGGAACUGCUGUUUUUUUUUUGCGGAAAUAUUUGAGAACCAUUUGAAAUUUUAUGAGAUUUUCCAAACGUGAUUAAACAUGAUUUAUGGUGACACCUAACAUUUUUUAAGGGCAAAACUCAAUAAAUCAAACUCAUUGGAACUUGUCGCUUGUGUGGGCCCAGUUGUGAGCAUCAAUUGCGUGGGAGGACCUACUUCAAAAAAAAAAAAAAAAAAAAAAAAAAAAAUCAAGAGGUCAUUUUUAAUGACCUGCUGAUAUUUGGAAAAUAAAACCCAACAAAUUUUCAAAAAAUGGACUCUCUGGACCUGGAAUUCAACACCGGCUCGUUAGGUCACAACUCCGCCUGCUCAGCGGCCACCUCAACAUCGUCAAACACCUCUAGCACAACAACAGCAGCAACAAAGAAAGUAAGUUCCAGUGAACCCUAUUCCUACCUCAACCUAAGUGGUGAGGUCAAUCAUGGUCGUAAUCAGUUGCUGGGAACAAGCAAUUCCUCCUCCGCCAGCUCAUCCAACAACAAUACCCCCAACUCCAAUCUAAGCCCACAAAAUUUGGCAGAUAUCAUUAAUAAUCCGGCAUUACUGGAGGUUUUGGUUAAUGCCACAAACAUGCAACAGCAGCAACAACAACAACACUCAGCUGGCAGUGGAUCUUCUUCCUCAUCUUCAGGGGCAGCAGCAGCCUCAUCAUCAUCAUCAUCGGCAGCGAGCUGCUCAACCAAGGAUGUAAAUGCCUGCGGCAAAUCAAAUAAUACUCAAACAUCUAGCAAAGCUUCGAACACCUCCAAUUCCAGCAACAAUUCCAAUUGCAAUUCCCACAACAACAACAACACCGGCACCACUACAACAACCACCACCACCAACGAUUUGGCAGCUGCUGCAGCUGUUUUUCUAUCAUUGCAGGGUACGAUGGUAACAAGUUUGCAGCAGGCCGCUUUGUUGCCCGUUAAUUCGCCAGCUGCUGCUGCCUUAAAUUUGCAAGCUUUGGAAUCGUAUCUGGCAUUGCAGCGUAUAACAGGUAAAUCGGAUGUUUUUCGUUUUAAUAGCGUGGGAAAUAAUCACCAGCAGCAGCACAGUGGGGAUAACAACAACAAACCAGAAACAACAACAACAAUAACAACAAACACAAAACACCAUCAACAACAAGCAAAUAAUUCCUCAGCUGGUUCCUCCGCCUCCUCCAAUACGGGCAAGGAAUCUUCCAACAAUCACCAUGACAAUAAUGAGGGCCACAGCUACACGGAAAGGCCCACCAAAUUACCCUCGGCCAAUAGUCUUUUUCACUCUUUGCACUCGGCCCACAAUAACAACAACAAUCACAACCACAACAACUCCAGCUCAGAUCUAAGUGAAAUACUCAAUAGCAGUGAUGAUGGCUUGAAUUUUGAUUCCACGGAAUUGGAGAAUAGUUUCCUCUUCAACAGUGCCCUUAUGUCCACAAUAACGGGUGCCCAGCAGCAGCAACAUAGUUCCUGUCAACAGGAUCACCUAGAUCAAAUGUCUGCCCUGCAGGCCUCCAUGUUCCAGGAUAAACUAAAUACCCUAAAUGUCAAUGAGUGUAACUCUCUGCAUGGCACGGUAAAUAACUCGGAGGCGAUUUUAUGUAGUUCUGGCAGUAGUGGUGGCGGUGGUGCGGGAGGUGCUACAACUGGCCAAGCAUCGGCGGUUUUGGCCAAUGCCCAACGCACCAAGAAACAAUUUAUUUGCAAAUUUUGCAAUCGUCAAUUUACCAAGUCCUAUAAUUUACUGAUUCAUGAGCGAACCCACACCGAUGAACGGCCCUAUUCGUGCGAUAUAUGUGGCAAGGCUUUCAGGCGUCAGGAUCAUCUGAGGGAUCAUAGAUACAUUCACUCCAAGGAGAAGCCGUUCAAAUGUGCCGAAUGUGGCAAAGGAUUCUGUCAAUCGCGAACCCUGGCCGUGCAUAAAAUCCUCCACAUGGAAGAGUCGCCGCACAAGUGUCCCGUCUGUAAUCGUUCGUUCAAUCAACGUUCCAAUCUGAAGACUCACCUUCUAACUCACACCGAUAUCAAACCAUACAAUUGCAAUGCCUGCGGUAAAGUAUUCCGACGUAACUGCGAUCUGCGACGUCACAGUUUAACUCAUAACCUAACAUCGUCGUCAUCAUCGAUUGCGGGCAAUUCCAUGAAUGAUUCGCUACUGUCGUUAAGUUCCACGGUCAAUGAACUGUUGAGUGGUUCGCAGAAGGAUUUGUUGGGCUCAGUGUCACCGACAAAUUCGUCAUCAUCUUCAUCGGUUGGGAAUGUUGGAGCAUCAGCGGCAUCAUCAGCAUCAUCGUCGUCUGCAACGACGUCUGCAUUGCUGGCGGCUUCGGGUUGUCCAGUGGUAUCAAGGAAAUCUACGACCAUGGACUUAAUAGCUGUCAAUGAUUAAAGAUCGCCAUAGAUCUCAUCUCGCAUAUUUGUACUUUACAUUCCGCCCUCACAAACAAAAAACGACACUGUCCGUAGUUACUUAAGAAG